AUGGACCGUCAAGUGGAGGUUUUACUGUAUAUAGUGGUAUUGAGUUUGGUUCAAACGGUUGGAGUGUCACUGAACGUAGAUAUGAGCAAAAAUAAAUUUGAACUUGUCUGUAGACACGCUAGUCAAACACUAUCGGGAUUAAGUAAAUACACUUCCAUUCCAUUAGAGAAUCAUAAUGCACUGGAUUUAAUGUUCGCAAUUGCACUGUCAUGUCCACAACUAGUGGAAUUACAUGUGAAUGUUAGAAAUAUGAUAAAUGUCUCAUUGGACCACGAGGAACCCAGCCAAUGUCUCGAACAUAGUCAAUGCCUUGAUCUUGAACCUGAGUUAGUUGUGCCUCCAGUGACUCAUUUAGAUGAAGAUAUGGAUUUAAUUGCUGAUGAUAGAUUUAUAGAACUCAGGACAAUAACAGAUGAUGAGUUUGAUGAAUUGGACCUCGAGGGUGAACAUGACAUCCCUUCUCCAACAUUUAAUGACAUAGCCAAUGACAUGGUUAAUUGUAAUGCAGAACAUGAUUCUAUUAUUCAACCUCUGCCUGCUGAAAAUGAUAUGUUGUACAAGAGGUUCAUGUGUAAUGAUAAAGAAACUAUGCAACAUAUUGUCAAAUGUUUUGCUUUAAGGAGUCACCACCCUUACAAACUUGUAGAAUCGGCACCAUCUAAAUGGGUAAUUAGAUGUAAGAAGUGGCAAGAUGGAUGCAAAUGGAGACUUCGAGCGAUUCUUAAUAAAUCAUAUGACAUAUGGGAGACUAUGAAGUACGUAGACCAACAUUCUUAUGUGUAUUCAGAAUUCAAUAAAAGUCAUUGCCAAUUAGAUUCGAAUAUGAUAAGUAGAGAAUUCUGUGAUGCAGUCAUAGUUAAUCGUGCUACAAGUAUUUCAACACUUCAAGAUUUGAUGAAGGAAAAAUUUGGAUAUCAUGUUCCAUAUAGGAGAGUUUGGGAAGGAAAAACAAAAUCUUUGGCUCGCAUUUUUGAUGAUUGGGAUGAAUCAUAUCAACGUUUGCCAAAGUGGAUGUACAUGUUGAAACACACUAAUCCAGGGACAAUUGUCAAAUGGAAAAUUAGGGAUUAUGGAAAUCCAUGUAAUGACAUUCUCCAUUCUGUAUUUUGGUCAUUUGGUACUUACAUUGCAGCCUUUCAAAGUUUUUGA